CGUUUUCUUUCUUUCACAUUUGAAGCCUGCCCGUCCUGCCCGUUGUUGAAAAUAAACUCUCCUUUCACAUGCAAAUGCAAUCUCUCUUCCAACCAUACACCCCCUUUGGACUCAACUGAGUUAAUCUUUGUUUUAAUCAUUAGUUUUGUUUACUUCUUUUGAUCCUUUUGUUUUAACCAUGAUGUUCUUGUUCUUUCAGUUCCAUAAAUAAUUUUCAUGAAUUUCACACCCUUCAAUUAUUUGAUUUGAGUUUACUUGAAUUGGGUGUUUUUAAUUUUUGUCUUUUUUCAUAACCCUUGUCUAAAGUUUGAAACUUUGUGGUGAAAUUUUGAGUAUGUCAAUUUUUCUAUAAGAGUUUUUGUGGAAGAUGGGGUUUAGGAAUAAUGCAAUUCAAGCUGGAAGUUUGGAUUUUGGGAAGUCAAAGGGAAAAAUGAAGAAAGAUGAUGAUGAGAAGGAAAUUGGGUGUUGUGUUAAAUUUAGUUGCUUUGGAAAGUGCUUACCUUCAAGAUCAAAGGUUGAUACUUCCAUAAGUGGUACUACAAGUGCUCAUAGUGUGGAAAAAACAUCUGCAUAUGAGAAAAGAAAAAAGGAAAAAAGUGCUCCUCCAGGAUCAUCUACAACUAGUAAUGCAGAAAGUAUACCUUCCACUCCAAAGUUCAGUGAGGAAUUGAAGGUUUCUUCUCAUUUGAGAAAAUUCACAUUCAAUGAGCUAAAGUUGGCAACUAGGAAUUUCAGACCGGAGAGUCUUCUUGGCGAGGGAGGAUUCGGUUGCGUCUUCAAGGGUUGGAUCGAGGAGAACGGAACUGCACCUGUGAAACCAGGUACUGGACUUACCGUCGCAGUAAAGACCCUCAAUCAUGACGGACUUCAGGGUCACAAAGAGUGGCUUGCUGAGUUAGACAUUCUUGGUGAUAUUGUCCACUCGAAUCUCGUUAAAUUGAUCGGUUUCUGUAUUGAAGAUGACCAAAGAUUAUUGGUUUAUCAGUUUAUGCCCCGUGGAAGUUUGGAGAACCACCUCUUCAGAAAAGGGUCCUUGCCUCUUCCUUGGUCUAUCAGAAUGAAAAUCGCUCUUGGAGCCGCAAAAGGUCUUCAUUUUCUUCAUGAAGAAGCUCAAAGGCCUAUAAUCUAUCGCGAUUUCAAGACAUCCAAUAUUCUAUUAGAUGCAGAAUACAAUGCAAAGCUCUCUGAUUUUGGACUUGCCAAAGAUGGUCCUCAAGGGGAAAAGACACACAUAUCAACAAGAGUUAUGGGAACAUAUGGUUAUGCCGCUCCUGAGUAUGUUAUGACCGGUCAUUUGACAUCAAAAAGCGACGUCUAUAGUUUUGGAGUUGUGCUACUUGAAAUGCUCACUGGUCGGCGAGCUGUUGAUAAGAAUAGACCAAACGGAGAACACAACCUUGUGGAAUGGGCAAGACCUGUACUUGGAGACCGAAGAUUGUUAUUCCAAAUAAUUGAUCCUCGUCUUGAAGGUCACUUCUCGAUCAAAGGGGCACAAAAAUCUGCCCAACUAGCCGCUCAGUGUCUUAGCCGUGAUCCAAAAGUUAGACCUAUGAUGAGUCAAGUUGUUCAAGCUCUAAAGCCUUUGCAAAACCUCAAGGAUAUGGCUAUCGCAUCUUAUCAUUUUCAAGUUGUUCGAGUAGAUCGUACGAUGUCCAUGCCGAAUUCUAAAAACAGUAUGCAAAAACAGUUAACUUCUUUAUCAAGAAAGGGUCAACCCGUAAGGAUCUUGUCGAGUCCAAAUGGUCAACAUGGUUCUCCGUAUCGUCAUUACACCAAGUCACCAAAACCUAAUGGAUAAGAAUCGUGAUUCGCUCGUUAAUUUGAUUCUCUGUUCAUUCGGCUCCCUCAACCUAAGCAAUUAGCUCAACAGAAACUGUUGUGUUUUGACAAUUUGCCUUUCUAAAACAUUAGAAAUCACUAAGUUAUAUGUUGUCAAUGUGAAUUUGUUAUACACUUUCCACCUUUUCAUAGGGUUUCUUCCUUUCAUAAUGUAUUUUUUUUUUUUUGUAAAGAAAACAAAUGGUGGUGUUAGUUCAUGCUGUUAUUCAUAGAUAUUUACAUACUCAUUGGUCAAUGUACUCAUCAGUAAAUACUUAUAUUAUUAAUGUAAUCAAAUGUCAUACUUGUAAGAGAAACAUGCUAUAGAGCUAGCUUUGAAGGACUUCUAAAUUUCUGGAUUUAAUUUUUA